UGUCUGGCCAGUGUGUUCACAUCUUCCACUGUAGUGCCUUCAAGUUAGCGUGGCUGAGGAGGAGAGGACGUACUGUAGCCACCUCCCAUCUGAGCAUAAGCAUGUGGCGGCUGCAGCUGUUGUGUGUCCUGGUGAACCUGAGGGCUGCUUUCACUUCAGCGGCACCUCUGGUCCCAGACAAACCUUUUGUGGUGAUAUGGAAUGCGCCCACUCACAAAUGCAAACAGUCUGCCACCCCUUUAGACAUGUCAGCAAUGCAGGCAGACACGACACCAGCUGCUGUGCCUAAUCAGUUCCUGACUCUGUUUUACAAGAACCGCAUGGGGCUCUACCCGUACACAGACCUGAGGAGCUCACAGGAGCAUAACGGAGGCUUUCCUCCAAAGGGAAACCUCACAGCUCACUUAGUGAAGGCACAAGCAGACAUCACAAAACACAUUCCUGAGCUGUCAUCUGGCCUGGCGGUGAUUGACUGGGAGGAGUGGUUACCUCUUUUUGACAGAAAUCUAGACGUAAAGGAAUUCUACCGCAAGCUCUCCUUUAAUUAUACCGUCAACUUGAACCCCUCGCUUUCCUCAGAUCAAGUUGUUAUAGAGGCAAAACAACAGUUCCAGAAGGCAGCCAGGAGUUACAUGGAAGAAACUCUAAGCCUUGGCGUCAAGGAGCGACCAUUAUACAGAUGGGGGUUUUAUCUGUUUCCAGAUUGCUACAACUAUAACGCAUCAGAAGCAGGCUACACAGGGAGAUGCUCUGACACAACAAAGCAGCUGAAUGAUGAGCUUCUGUGGCUGUGGAACACCAGCACAGCCCUCUUCCCCUCGGCCUACCUGUGGUCAGCCCUCAGCGGAGACCACAAGGCCGCUCAGUUUGUCCGUAACCAGGUGCAGGAGGCCAUGCGGGUGUCAGCUCUGCCCAAGCGUCCACACACAGCACCCGUCUACGUCUACUCUCGGCCUGUCUUCGGGGACCAGAACAACCUCUACCUCAGUGAGAUGGACCUGAUGAGGAGUAUUGGGGAGAGUGCAGCCCUGGGAGCAUCAGGAGCAGUGCUGUGGGGCUCCAGUGUUGACUUCGCCAGCAAGGCGGCGUGUGAGGCCCUGUCUGUAUACCUGAGCGGCACGCUGAACCCGUACAUAGCCAACGUCACUGGCGCCACCAGGCUGUGCAGCCACAUGCUCUGUGAGGGCAAAGGCCGAUGUGUGCGAAAGAACUACGACUCGGAUGACUACCUACAUCUCGACCCCCAGAGCUUCCGCAUCGAGAAAAGGGAUGGGAGAUACCAGAGCGCUGGCGUACCAUCGCUCAGUGAACUCACAGCCUUCGCUGACCAGUUCACCUGUCAGUGUUACGCAGGCCAGCAGUGCUCAGUCCAGACGGCUUUCCACAUCCCCAAGACUGAGUUGAUCUUUCAGGUGUAGUCUACCUCACAAACGGCACCAAAGAACAAUCCUGGAGAAUACUUGUGUGUGAAUUUGUCAUCAACAUGCUGUUUACAUUUUCCAUACAUAAAAGUCUAUCAAUCUCAA